AUGGAAUCGAAAACAGCAGCAGAGAUCAAAGCUUCGGAGUUAGAGAAAGACGUUUAUGUCAGAGAAGAGGUCAAUGAUUCCAUAACAUCAAAUGAUAUACCAACCUACGGGGCCAAUGAUAUCCUUGACGAAUCGGCUGAUGAUGCUCCAUUGCCUGAGGUCAGAUCAGUAGUUAAACCCACCGAUGAAGACUUACCUGUGAACACCUUCAGAGCUUGGUUCUUGGGUAUUAUCUUCACUAUAGUUGGAUCUGGUAUUAAUCUUUUCUUUUCCUUGAGAUAUCCUGGGAUCACUAUUUCGUCAAUUGUGGCCCAAUUGGUAUCAUAUCCUUUGGGUCAAGGUUUGGCCCAAAUUCUUCCACUAUGGGAAUUCGAUUUGGGAAAGUUAGGAAAGUUUGUAUUGAACCCUGACCGUAAGUUUAAUAAGAAGGAACAUACAAUCAUUACAAUCAUGGCUAAUAUUUCUUUUACUGCUUCAUGGGCCACUGAUGUGAUCCAAGCCCAAUAUAUUUAUGGAGUACCUGCACCAGCAGGGUACCAAAUUCUUAUGGUAUUAACCUGUCAAUUAUUUGGUUUGGGUGUGGCAGGUCUUAUGGAUGAGAUUUUAGUCAAAGAUUCCUAUAAUUACUGGCCCAAUACAAUGGCCAAUGUAGCCUUGUUUGAUUCGCUACAUUCUCGUACCAACUCCAUUGCUGAUGGUUGGUCUAUCAGUAGAUACAAAUUUUUCCUUAUAGUGUUUGCUGGAUCUUUUACAUAUUAUUUCCUUCCAGGAUUCCUUUUCCAAGCUCUCAGUUAUUUUACAUGGAUUUGUUGGAUAGUUCCUAAAAACGUUGUAGUUAACCAAAUAUUUGGGCAAGUACAAGGUUUAGGGUUCUCACCAAUUACUUUUGACUGGUCUCAAAUUUCCUAUGCUAAUGGUUCACCACUUUUGAUACCUUUUUGGCCCCAAAUAAUGACUAUUUUUGGCUGGGUGAUAUUUUUUGGGAUUCUCCCUUUGAUUUUGUACUACAAGAAUUCCAUGUUCUUUGCCUAUUUACCUAUUUCAAGUAGUACUGUCUUUGACAAUACAGGGAAUACUUACAACGGGUCUAGAGUAUUGGACCUUUCUACCAUGUCUUUGGAUGAGCAAGCAUAUAAAGCCUAUUCCCCACCAUUCCUUGCUUCUACCUACGCUAUCAGUUAUGGGUUAUCUUACGCAGUGUUAUCAUCUUCAGUGGUAUAUGUAGUAUUGUAUCAUGGUAAAGAUAUUUAUGGUACUUUCACCAGAGGAGUUAAAGAGGAUGUUCAUGUCAGAUUGAUGAACAAAUACCCUUCGGUACCAAGAUGGUGGUAUGCAGUUCUCAUAGUAUUGAUAUAUGCCCUCACAAUAGUUACUAUGGAAGUUUAUGAUUCGAAAUUCCCUGUUUAUGGUAUCACUAUUGCCUUAUUUAUGGUAUUCUUGUUCAUUCUUCCCAUUGGUAUUGUAUAUGCUCGUACCAACAUCAACACCAAUUGUAUGACAGUCUUAGGUCAAAUCAUUGCUGGGUACGCUAUUAAUCCAGCAAAGCCGAUCGUAUCACUUGCUUGGAAAUUUUAUGCAUACACUGGGGUAUCCCAAGCCAUGGCAUUCUCCCAAGAUAUGAAAUUAGGAUAUUAUAUGAAAGUGCCAAAACGGACUGUUUUCUGGGCCCAACUUUCAUCAUGUAUCGUAGGAGCUUUGGUUCAAGUGGGUAUACUCAUAGCCAUGUUAAACAAUGUAGAAGAUAUCUGUAGUGCUGACCAAGUAAGUCAUUUCACUUGUCCCCAAGGUACUACUAAUUUUGCAGCUUCAGUAGUGUGGGCCCUCGUGGGACCGAAAAGAUUAGUUUCCCCAGGAAAAAUCUACUCUGGUUUCCUUCAUUUGUUUUGGAUCGGUCCAGUACUUGUGUUAAUCACUUGGGCAUUACAGAAGAAAUUCCCAAGCGUCACAGUUUUGAAGAAUUGGAAUUGGGUGGUGGUAUUUGGGGCUAUGGGUAACUAUCCACCAGCUACUGGUAUCAAUUAUACUGCUGGAACAGCUGUAGGUUUGUUAUUCAACUACUAUAUUAAGAAGAGAUGGGGUAAUUGGUGGUUGAAAUACAAUUUUGUGUUAUCUUGUGCUUUAGACAUUGGAGUAGCACUCUCAGGAAUUUUCAUUUUCUUCUGUCUUUCCCUCCCAGGAGUUAGUUUAUCUUGGUGGGGUAAUGAUGUUUAUGGUAAUACAGCUGAUGGACAGUUGUCUCCAUAUUUAAAUAUCCCUGGUAAGGGAUUCUUUGGUCCCGAUAGUUGGUCUUGA